AAAGACGGUUUCUCUUCUUCUACUUCCACGGUCACCUCUGAUUGGGAUACCAUCACCACCAUAGCCAUUAGCAACUCCGGCCUCCACCCGCCGGUCCUCUAUCCAACGGCGGCGCGUCCCUACUAAUCGCUCAUUUCUGCUCACCUCCCUUUGCUACCAUUAGAGUUACAGGAAAGAGACCAGCUUUUUCAUGGCAAUUCGCCUACUUGUUGCCGAUAUCAGACACUUCAUGCUUCAACUAGAAGUGACAAAUCGUCUUCAGAGGUCAAUUUGUUCAUACAAUAGUUCGUUUGUGGCAGAUGAGCCCUCCAAAGAUUUUGCACCCAGGACCAAAAAUGAUUUCAAGGGCAAGAUUUUGAGGCUUAAAUACCCUUCGGGUUGUGCUACCACUGUGCUUCAGAACUGGGUUGAUCAUGGCUAUAAAGUUUCCUUUCAUGAGCUACGGCGCUUCUCCACCCAACUCUUGAAGUUGAAUCGCCACGACCAUGCUCUCCAGAUAAUGAACUGGAUGGAAACUCAAAGCAGGUUCCUAAUGUCGCCGGCCGACCAUGCCUUUAAGAUGGAGUUAAUCAUCAGCUUGAAUGGUCUAGCAGAAGCUGAAGAAUAUUACAGAAGCAAUAUAUCAGGCACUGCUUCGCGUAAAGCCGCUGGCCUUUCUCUUCUCCGGGGUUAUGUUAAGGAAAGGGACACUGAGACUGCUGAGGCUUUCAUGUCGGAGUUGAAUGGCUCGGGGCUGGUUGUGAACCCUCAUCCUUACAAUGAGAUGAUGAAACUGUACAUGGCAACCUCUCAGUUUGGAAAAGUACUCCGUGUUAUACAGGAAAUGAAGCAAAAUAGAAUACCCUUGAAUGUUUUGUCCUACAACCUUUGGAUGAAUGCCUGUGGUGAGAUAUCUGGUGUCUCUUCAGUUGAGAUGGUUUACAAUGAAAUGAUUAGAGAUGGUGGUGUUGAGCUUGGAUGGAGUAGUCUUUCAACUUUAGCUAAUGUUUAUGUGAAAGCAGGGCAAUUUGAGAAAGCCAGUUUGGCCCUCAGAAAUGCUGAGAACAAACUGUCAAGCUCUAAUCCUCUUGGUUAUAACUUUCUUAUAACGCAGUAUGCCUCUUUGAACAACAAGGAUGAAGUUCUUCGGCUUUGGAAAGCUCGAAAAGAAUUAAGUGGAAGAAUCAAUUGUGCAAAUUACAUGUGCCUAAUGCUGUGCUUGGUGAAGUUAGGUGAGAUUGGAGAAGCUGAGAGAGUUUUCACGGAGUGGGAAUCCAACCGUCGUAAGUUUGAUAUUCGGGUUUCAAAUAUCCUCCUAGGCGCUUAUGUUAGGAAUGGAUUGAUGGACAAAGCUGAAUCAUUUCAUCUUCAAACGUUGGAGAAAGGUGGAUGCCCAAAUUACAAGACUUGGGAGAUCCUCAUGGAGGGAUGGGUGAAAACCGAGAAGAUGGAGAAAGCCAUUAAUGCAAUGAAGAAAGCGUUGUCUUUGUUGAAACAUUGUCAUUGGAGGCCAUCGGAUGGUGUUGUGAUGCCCAUAGCAGAGUAUUUUGAGAAGAAAGGGGAUGUUGAAGGUGCACAAUGGUAUGUCAAGGCUAUCCACGAUUUGGGUUUUGCAAGUUUGCCAUUGUAUAAGUCAUUGCUAAGGGUAUAUUGUUCUGCUCAGAAACCUGCUUUUGAUAUCCUCAAAAUGAUGGAGGAUGACAAGAUUAAAAUGGAUGAUGAGAUUUAUGCCCUCACUCGAGCUGUUAAUGAGAUUCCCCGCCCCAAUAAGAGAUUCCCCACCUCGCCUCCGUCGAGGAAUAAGCAGGGAUGGGAUGGGGACGGGGACGGGGGAACAUUCUCCGCCAAUUCCCCGCCCCGUGUGCAUCACUAGUCAUUGCUGUUAUGAUUACAAGCACAGAAUGAAAUGAAAAGAAAAAGGAACUUGUUUUACAAUAGCUCUAUAAACUGGGAUAUUGAAUUUGUUUGGAUAAGAAUCAUAAUACUUCCCCAUGAAACCGCACAACUACUUGAAAACAAGGAUUUUUCAAGACUGUUUAGUGCAGAUUUUGCUCAUCUCUUUUCGGGCUUAAACUGCAUAGCCUUUUGUUCAGAAUGUUCAUGAGGCAGUAUUGGGUCUCUCUUCCAUGUCUCAUCAGUGUACUCCAUUAUCAAGAGGCUUGUACUUUCAGAGACCAAGGAACUCUCAAGGGAAAAGGACUUGCUUAGAAUCCAAGCAACUUCACAGAGCCCUUAGCCAUUGUUAAUUGCUCUAUCUCUGAUAUCUUUCGCGAUACACGUGCGAACAUGGCUGGCAAGCGUUUCAUGUUCGACGAAGAAGACCAACAAGCUGAAUUUUUCAAGUUUUAGGACGUUUAAAGGUCUGAGAUUCUGAUAUUUAUGAGUGCAUAUUUGCUCCUUGGCGAAAAUUCUUGAACAAUUCUUGCCAGAAAAAGGUGAGAUUUAUGGUUAGAUGAAUGUUUCUUUUACUACACAAGAAGCAUAAUUUUAAAACUGAGUUAAUAAUAGUUAUGAUAUAAAUUAUACAUGGGAUCUUUACUAUGUUGUAUAUUCCAGAACAGUUGCUAUGAACCAUCAGAUUCUUGGUGCAAA